AUAUUUCGACAUGGGUGGUGAAGAAGAUGAAGAAGCUGCUAUUGUUUCCACCUACGGCUCAGAUAUGACAUAUAAUCAAAUGAGCAAUAUGGGUUAUAAAAUUGCUGCUGAGGUGAGGAAAGGGGUAACUAGUUUAACGCAUACAGAUGAGGAUCUUCUUAAACUAUUAGGACGUCAGAAGAACAGAUACAGUGAUGUUGAAGAGGUAGAGUGUCUUCGGUUAAUUACCGCAGAAUUACGCCUAGAACUUCGGAAUCCACAACUUCAUGAAGAAAUAUUAGCUAAGCUGAGGAAACGGGUAAUUGAUACGGAUACAAGUGGAUAUCUUCUGAGUCUAUUAGGACAUCAGAAGGACGAGUACAGUGAUGUCGAAGAGGUCGUUUAUCUUCGUUCACUUGCUGCAAUCUUACGUCAUGAAAUUUGGAACAAUCCAAGACCUAAGUUAGAAUAUGCAGCAUCAGAAUGUGAUCUUAGGGACACUUUAAGCCCAAAAUCGGAGGAGAAGGCCAAACAGUUGAUCUUAGAAUGUGCAGCAUCAGAAUGUGACCAGUGGGAUACAGAUCUUGCAAGCAGUUUGUCGCUUCCGUCCUCUCCUGGGAGUGAAGACAAUGAUAUUACUGUGAAUGAUAGUUCCUCUGGAAGAUAUCGCAAUUCCAGUCAAAACUCCCAGUUUUAUUCCAAGUUGAAGAGAUUAAUUGGGCAAGAGUAAAGAUGAAUCCCAAGAUCUUUUGUCCAAGCAAGACCACAUGAUGAGGAAUGGAUGUUACACUGUAGCCAUCACCUGUUCCGAAACAGCAGAACUGCCCCACAUUAGAGUACAAGAUUUUCUUGGAUUAUAUAGGUUUUUUUUUUUGGGUUUGACUACUUGAAUUAAAUAUUUUGAGUUGUGUGAUAUACGAACUUCUGUGAUACCCCGAAUCAUUCUCUAGUUGCUGUGCCACUUAGGUUAUGAAAGUUAUGCAACAUACUUAAAUGUUGUUUUUUGGA